CCACCCUGGUGGAACAGCCCACGACCCCUGACCUGCCGGUUCGAGGACCUUCGACCCCCGUCAUCCGAGUGGGAGAGUCCGUGAGCCCCAGUUCGCUCCAGUUGGGUGAGUCCGUGACCCCGGUCAUCCGAGUGAGACAGUCCGUGACCCCCGUCCCCCAAGUUGGGAGAGUCCGUGACCCCCGUCCCCCAAGUUGGGAGAGUCCGUGACCCCCCCCCCGUCCCCCAAGUUGGGAGAGUCCGUGACCCCCCCAUCCCCCAGUUGGGAGAGUCCGUGACCCCCGUCCACCAGUUGGGAGAGUCUGUGACCCCCUGUCCCCCAGUUUGGAGAAUCCACGACCCCCAAACCCAAGUUGGGAGAGUCCGUGACUCCCCGUCCACCAGUUGGGAGAGUCUGUGAUCCCCCCCCCAUCCCCCAGUUGGGAGAGUCCGCGACCCCCAGUCCCCCAGUUGGGAGGGUCUUUGGCCCCCAUCGCCCAGUUGGGUGCAUCCGGGAACCCCUUUGCCCAGAUGGAAAAGCCCGUGGACCCCGCCCCACAAUUGGAAGAUCCCGCCACCCUUCAUGUCCGGAUGGAAGGUGCCAUCACCCCCGGCGCCCUCAUGGAAGAGUCCGGGAACCCCUUCCCGCGGGUGGAAGAGUCCGGGAACCCCUACUCGCAGGUGGAAGAGUCCGGGAACCCCUACUCGCAGGUGGAAGACUCCGGGAACCCCUACUCGCAGGUGGAAGAGUCCGGGAACCCCUUCCCUCAAGUGGAAGAGUCCGGGAACCCCUUCACCCAGAGGUUAGAGCCGGCGACCCCCCAUGACCUGUCCCGCCUGUACCCCCCCCACCCCAGGGGGGACUACACCCCACCCCACAUCACCCCAGCCAGUGGCCCAAGCACCCGCGACGACUACUUUGUGCUAAGGCCCGGAUGCAUUGAAGAGGCCAUCAAGGACAUAGGAAUGAAACUAACAGAGGAGGAGGUGCAACUCCAGAACUCCUGGCUUCUGACAGAGAUUGACCACUGGAACCGAGAGGCUGAGCGUUUGCUGUUAAUAACUCCGAGAGCCCUACUGGUCUGUCAGUACAAUUUUGUGGAGUUACAUUGCAACGAGGUGCUGAGGGUCCCUCUGAACUACAUCGACACCAUCAGCUACGGCCCCUUCACAUUCCCAGAGACAUCGCUCAGCCGAAGGCCCAGCUCAGGGCUCAGGAUCCAAUGGGACAAACUGCGGGAGCCAUCAUUCCUGGAUCGCUGGAACCCCUGGUCCCGACAGAUCCCCUUCCUCAUCCUGACUGAGCACCCGGCCGUGUGGGGGGAAGGUACAGACCUCCCUGUCUGUCAGGAACUGACCCUUCCGUCGCCCAAGCCUGCGCUGAUCCUAUUGCCCGUGAACUAA